GGCCCCCCACACCCGAUCGAUCUUAGCUCGCAUCUUUCUCUGCUAAGAGAGGCUUCAUAAUGUCGGAUAAAGCGGGUCCGGGUUAUGGCGUGCGUGUGCAGGGAUCGUCUCCACUGGACACUUCAUGGGAGGUGCUGGAUAAGAACGAGCAUGGACUCAUCGUGGAAGGUAAUGCAGCAGGAGACGCAGAUGUCCCAAUGCAAGAACCAGACACAGUACCACAACAGACUAGUGAGCAGGCCCGAAAGGAGGGCGAGGGAGGCAGAGGGAAGGAGGCAAACAAUGAACCAGGGAAAGAGAAGAUAAAGUGUGAGAUUGGGGAGAGUGUGGUACAUCAGAAGUAUGGGUAUGGAGUGGUGAGGUGGGUGGGGGAGGUUGGAGGCGAGAAGAUGACAGGCAUUGAACUGGAAGACUACAGAGUUGGUUGUGGGGAUGGGUGUCUGCCAGGCUCAAGUGAGCCUCUGUUCUCUUGCAGUGAAGGUCGCGGAGUCUUCUGCCCCACCUGUGAGCUGUCUCCAGACACCAGAGCUCCCGACCCUCCACUGGAGGAAGAGACCCCAACACCUGCCAGCAGACCCAGCCAGUUGUUUGAGACGGGGUCGAUGGUGGAGGUGAAGGGGUUUGGGUUUGGAGUGGUGCAGUGGGUGGGGAAGAUGGCCGGCACCAACACUGCUGGAAUUGAACUGGAGGAGUUCAGUAACAGAGGUGGAGAUGGAACUCCAGAGGGAGGGGCUAAGGCACUGUUUCCAUGCCAACCUGGUCACUGUGUGUUCAGUCCAGUCCAGGAACUGGUCCCUGACUCCAGAUUCAUGAUCACUGAGGCCACCAACCCUCUUGAGGAUAUUGCACUGCAGACAAUCAUAGAGAAACAGCCAAUCCCUCGACUCAGCACCUACUGUGGGACGGACAAGAAGAAAGGGAUCCAGGGAGAACACAACUCCUGCUACAUCGAUGCCACUCUGUUCGGACUGUUUGCUCUCAGCUCUGAGUUUGACUCUCUGCUGACCCCCGGGAGAUCAGGGGGUCCAGAUCAGAGGGGUCCUGGGAGUUCACUGGGCAAGACAAUCUCCACUAUUCUCCUAACAAAGAUCGUCAACCCCCUCAGAAAACGUGGGGUUGUGCGAUGUGAACCUGUUCUGGAGUUGCGAGAGCAGCUGGACACACUGGGCAAGAUCACUGGUCUCCUGCAAGACGAGAAAGACCCUGAGGAGUUCCUGAAUCUGCUCUUCAAACAUGCACUAUCAGCCUCCCCUUUUGUCUCCAUUCAGUGAGUGGCUCUAACUGGAGUAGCUAUAUGCCUACUAUGUAUGUAGACACUGCACUAGUGGUAGAGUAGGCCACACUAGUAAUGGGGUUGUUGGGUGUUCUCCCAGACGUCCACAGGGAGAAGAAGAGGAGUUCUUCAUCCAGUUGUUCAUGGAGCCAGACCCUUCCCUCCCCCUCCCCACCAUUGGCCACCUCCUCUCUAGAAUGUUCUCUGAACAGAGCAUCAAGUUCUCCCAGAUCCCUGGGAAACUGCUGAUACAAGUUCCUAGGUACGGCAAACAGUUUAAGACCUUCCAGAGAAUCGUUCCUGACAAGAUGCUCGACAUUAACUCGCUCUGCAAUAACAGCUGCCGCAAGUUGCGCAAACAUCGAGAACUGAAUGCACAUUUGAAACUGCUGUCAGUAGUUUGUAUCGAGACCAGUCACUACGUGUGUUUCUGUCACCAUGACGAUCACUGGGUCUUCAUGGACAGUAUGGCUGACAGAGUGGACGACCGUUUCAAUAUUCCAUCGUGUGAGGACUGUACCGCAGACCUAGAGGAAUGGGUGUACGGUGACAAACUAAAGAAAACUAUGUCGCAAAAGAAAGAGAAGAAUGUUCCAGAACUGGUUCGCAGAUUCACGCAAGACAUUUACAUGUGUGUCUAUGUUGAAGAUAGCACAGCUGUUUAGGUUGUAUUUCACUCUUACAAAUUUAGGGGAAACCAAAACAGGACACAAACAUGGGUAGUAUACAAAGUAAAUCAACAAAAUAAUAUGGGGAGCUAUUUUCAUAUAAUCAGUGGCA